AUGUGGAGGUUGAAGAAAGGAGAAGGAAACGGAGAAAACGAUCCAUAUUUGUUUAGCACUAACAACUUCGCCGGUCGGCACAUAUGGAAGUUUGAUCCAAAUGCCGGCACAUCGGAGGAACGAGCUGCCGUCGAAGAGACUCGCCGGAGUUUCUACGAUAACCGUCAUCGGGUUAGAACUUGCGGUGAUCUACUUUGGCGCAUGCAAUUUCUCAACGAGAAGAAAUUCAAGCAAGUAAUUCCGCCGGUGAAGAUCGACGACGAAGCCGAGAAAAUCACUGACGAAGAAGCGACCAAUGCACUACGAAGAUCAGUUCACUAUUUCUCAGCGUUACAAUCCAGCGACGGUCACUGGCCGGCUGAAAUCACCGGUCCACUCUUCUACAUUCCUCAGAUGGUGAUCAAUUUCUAUAUCACAGGACAUCUCGAUGAGAUAUUCAGUGGAGAGCAUCGUAAAGAGAUUCUUCGAAAUAUCUAUUGUUUCCAGAAUGAAGAUGGUGGAUGGGGAUUACACACAGAAGGAAAGAGCAGUAUGUUUUGCACCGCGCUGAAUUACGUAUGUUUGCGUAUUCUUGGAGAAAAACCAGAUGGAGUGGCGUGCAAGCUAGCCCGGAAAUGGAUUCUUGAUCAUGGUGGCGUAACAUACAUUCCUACUUGGGGAAAAUUUUGGCUUUCGAUACUAGGAAUCUAUGAAUGGAGUGGAAUCAACCCGAUGCCUCCAGAGAUCUGGCUGCUACCUUCUUUUCUUCCAAUACAUCUUGGGAAAUUUACCAACUUUGCCCGACUUAUCUACUUGGUCAUGUCUUACUUUUAUGGGAAGAGAUUUGUUGGUCCAAUAACACCUCUUGUUCUGAAAAUCCGUGAAGAACUCUACUCACAGCCUUAUGAUGAAAUCGAUUGGAAUGCAGCGCGGAGUCUAUUCGCAAAGGAAGACACGUAUUAUCCACAUCCUUCUAUUCAAGAUUUCGUAUGGGACAGUCUUCACAUUGUCGUGGAGCCUUUGCUUACACGUUGGCCAUUGAACAAGCUUGUGAGAGAAAAGGCUCUUCAGGUAGUGAUGACAUACAUACAUUACGAAGAUGAGAAUAGCCGCUAUAUGACCAUUGGAUGCUCUGAGAAGGCAAUGUGCAUGCUUGCUUGCUGGAUUGAAGAUCCAAACGGGGAAUAUUUCAAGAAGCAUCUCGCUAGAAUUCCGGAUUAUCUAUGGAUUGCUGAAGAUGGGAUGAAAGUUCAGAGCUUUGGAAGUCAACUAUGGGACACAUCACUUGGAAUUCAAGCUUUACUUGCUUGCAACUUCUCCAACGAAAUCUCCAAUGUACUCAUGAAAGGGCAUGAUUUUAUUAAGAAAUCUCAGAUUAGAGAAAACCCUUCGGGCGAUUUCAAGAAGAUGCACCGCCAUAUUUCCAAAGGAGGAUGGGCUUUCUCUGAUCCAGAUCAAGGAUGGCAAGUUUCAGAUUGUUCAGCCGAAGCAUUAAAAUGUUGUUUGCUGCUCUCCAUGAUGCCACCUGAUGUUGUUGGCCCAAAAAUGGAUCUUGAGCAACUACAUGAUUCUGUAAACCUCUUACUAUCUUAUCAGAGUAAAAAUGGAGGUAUGACUGCAUGGGAACCAGUCCGUGGAUAUGCAUGGUUAGAAUUGUUCAACCCCUCAGAGUUUAUGGAAGAUUUAGUAAUCGAGCAUGAGUACGUCGAAUGUACGUCAUCGGUUAUCCAAGCAUUGGUCAUGUUCAAACAACUAUAUCCAGAUCACAGGACCAAAGAGAUUGAUAGGACCAUUGAAAAAGCAGUGCAAUUCAUAGAAAACACACAAGAGGCAGAUGGUUCAUGGUAUGGAAGUUGGGGAGUUUGUUACACAUAUGCAACAUGGUUUGCUCUUGAAGGCUUAGCAGUAGCUGGUAAAACUUAUGACAACUGUUUGGCUAUGCGUGAAGGCGUUCGUUUCCUUCUCAUGAAACAGAACAAGAACGGAGGUUGGGGAGAGAGUUAUAUGUCCUGCUCUGAAAAGAGAUACACAGCGUUAGAAGGAGAAAGAUCACACCUGGUGCAAACUUCUUGGGCAUUGAUGGGUCUGAUUCGAGCGGGACAGGCUGAGAGAGAUCCGGUGCCGCUUCACCGUGCUGCGAAACUAAUCAUCAAUUCGCAAUUAGAAAACGGAGAUUAUCCUCAACAGGAAAUGACAGGAGUGUUCAUGAAGAACUGUUUUCUAAACUAUGUUACCUACAGGAACAUUUUCCCCAUAUGGGCACUUGCAGAGUUCCGUAAAGUUAUUAGCUUUGCCACUCCUUAA